AGAAGUAUAACAUAUUCCUGUAUUUUCUUUCCCUCCAAUUUUACCAAAAGAACCAAACACAACAUGCUCUUAUUUCUCAUAUUUUACGUCCUUGCCACGCCGUAAUCCUUCCACUUUUAUCCCCACAGUCUAACUCUCGUCGCUGGGAAACUAUUUUAGUGAAGAGAGAAGAAAUCCCAAUUUCAAAUGAAAGUCUUUUGACUUUUGAAUUACGGAGAAAUGAAUAUGAACAGAUCUAGGCUAUGGUUGACCUGGGUAGAACUUGUUUUUCUGGUAUUGAUACCUGGAAUUCUGGGGUGGGGAAAGGAAGGCCACUAUGCAACGUGUAAGAUUGCAGAGGGAUAUCUGACUGAAGAAGCUCUGGCUGCAGUGAAAAGAUUGCUUCCUGAUUCUGCUGAGGGUGAUCUUGCAUCGGUUUGCUCUUGGCCUGAUGAGAUUCGAUUCCAUUAUCGAUGGAGCAGUGCCUUACAUUAUGUUGAUACACCAGAUUUCAGGUGUAACUACGAAUUCCACAGAGAUUGCCAUGAUUCUUAUGGACAUAAAGGUAGAUGCGUAACUGCGGCAAUUUACAACUAUACAUCUCAACUGUCAAAGGGAUAUCAAGACUCCAUUUUAGAGUCGAAAUAUAAUUUAACGGAAGCACUUAUGUUUCUAUCUCAUUUUAUUGGGGAUGUCCAUCAGCCCCUACAUGUCGGAUUUGUUGGAGAUCUGGGUGGGAACUCAAUAAUAGUACGGUGGUAUCGUAGGAAGACAAACCUGCACCAUGUAUGGGAUACCAUGAUCAUUGAAUCUGCUUUGAAGACAUUCUACAAUAAGGAUCUCACAAAUAUGAUACAGGCCCUUCAACAAAAUCUUUCAAAUGCUUGGAUUAAUGAUGUGCCGUCAUGGGAAAAUUGCGCAAAUAAUCACACAGUUUGUCCAAAUCCGUAUGCCUCUGAGAGCAUUAGUUUAGCAUGCAAGUUUGCUUACAGAAAUGCCACACCAGGAAGCACUUUGGGAGAUGAAUACUUCCUUUCCCGGCUUCCUGUUGUGGAGAAGAGGCUAGCUCAAGCUGGGGUUCGCUUGGCUGCUACCCUUAAUAGGAUCUUCACUUCUCAAGCAAAAAUUGCCCAAGCAUGAAGAUAGGAGAUAUACGAGAAUGAUCACAUAAAAAGUGGGGCCCAAUAAUUGGUUAUGUCUAUAGCUUGAAAUAUCCCAUACGCGAGCCCUUAACCAAUACUAAUAGAUUUCCAUUCCCUGUUGUCAACUCCUUUAAGACAAAAGAAGAGAAAUUGCUAUUUUAUGAUUGUUGCUUAUUGACUUCAAUCUUGAUAUGAUAAAUAAAUUGAUGAUGCCUA